CAAGUUAAACAAACCCUUGUGAAAAUGAUGACAUAUUUUCUUCUUUUCUGUUUACUCCUUUCCCACACAGAAGCAAAAUCUAUACCUCAUCCUUCUCCCCAUCAUUUUCCGCUUGACUUAUGGCCUAAGGACUCUCUCUUACCCAGACCUUGUCCUCCUCUACCUCCCGAUCAUUUUUGGCUUGUCCAUACAUGGCCUAAGGGCUUUUGCUCAAAUUCCUCAGUACAUUGUCCACAACGUAACCUCCAAGACGAGCUAACAAUUCAUGGCUGGUGGCCUGUCGACAGAAAAGAUAGUACUUUGAAUAACUAUCGGCGAGUAGGGCCAAUUAAUUAUCUGUUCACUGGAGAAGCUGGUGAAGAGCUUUACACUGAAAUGAAAAAUAAUUGGCCCAACCUGACAUCCCCCAUUGAGUACCGUUACGGGCACAUAGCUUUCUGGGAAAAGGAGUGGGCUCGUCAUGGUAUUUGUUCCUGCUUCGAACCCCGACUAUACUUUGGAACAGCUUUGGCAUUGAAAAGAAACAUCAACAUAUCUCAAGCUUUAAGAGCUAAUGGGAUAAAACCUGGGAUUGAAUACCUAAGACGGCGUUUCGUGACAGCCUUAAGAAGAAAAAUACCCCGUUUAUCCUUUGCUAUGAGGUGCGGCGACAAGAAUGGAACCAAAAUUCUCAUCGAAAUCAGGGUUUGCACCAAUGAAACCGAUGCAAUUUCAUGUUCUCGACGGUUGAAUGACAACUGUGGGUCUUGUUACAUCAAACUUGUAUCCGAAAUUGAACCAUUUUAAUAUUUGUACUUGGACAGCCGCAGUUGUCAGAAAAAAGAGAGUACGAAUUGGUGCACUGGUUUAUAUUAUAUUAGAUAUUGUGUUCGAUCAUUAAGCAAGGAUUGUAUCGCAUUACUAUAAAGAGCUUUC